AUGGAUGUAUAUGCUAAGAUCUUGAAACUCUUAAUUCAAAAAAUAGAGGAUUACGAUAAAGCACUGCUAUCAGGUAUAUUCAUUCGAAUUUAUCUUAGAGGUAUGCGGGAUAAAGAGUUACCUCUUAGCUCCGAUGAAAUGGAUGCCAUAAUUCUGCAAUUAAUGAAUGUCGGCAUAGAUGGCUGUGGUGAACCACAAGAAGUGGAAGCUAUGGGUAGGAAGAGUCGUUAUCCCAAUCAUAUACCUGCACUCAAACCUACAACUAAGGAAAGGAGGCCUUUCAUCGUCGCUGAUAUGGAGACUAUUCUGAUCAAUAAUGUUCAUGUGCCUUACGCUACGGGUUUCAUAGCGCUUAGGCCGGGUGAAGAUAUCGGGGAGUAUUCGGAUGAUGGCUUUGUUAAAUAUUUUAGUGAAGAUAGCUGCUUCUUUAUAGAUGAAUUUAAAGACAGGAGUGAUCAUAUGUUGUUCAGCUUUCUAGAGCAUUUAGCAAUGGUUACUGCUCAAAAUCAGAUUCAAACGAUUUACUUCCAUAACUUCUCACGAUUUGAUGGUAUUCUAUUAAUGAAAUAUUAUGCUUCUCGUCCGGAUAAGGGAUACAACAUCAAACCUCUCACGAGGAACCUUAAGCUUUACGAGUUAUCAGUGUAUAAGGGAAGGAAACGAUUGUUCCGUCUAAGAGAUUCAUACGCUCUGCUACCUAGUAGUCUGGCUACAUUGGCUAAGACUUUAUGCCCGCAAUUAGGCUCUAAAGGAUCCAUCCCACAUGAUGAAGUGCGAGUGUCGAAUCUUAUGGAUCUUAGAGAACAACUCUUGGAUUAUAUGAUACAGGAUAUUCGCCUGUUAGGUGGUGUUAUGCUUAAGGCUCAAGAUAUUUAUUGGAAUCAGUACAAAGUGGAUAUUGAGAAUUGCUUGACAUUCCCAACGCUAGCUAUGACAAUUUUUCGUACGAACUAUUACAAUCCUAUUAGUUGGCCAAUCCAUAUCCCAAGCAGGAACGAAGAUACAUUCAUUCGCUGUGGGUAUUAUGGACGCCAUGCUGAUACGUAUAAGCCAUAUGGUGAAAAUUUGUACUACUAUGAUGUUAACUCAUUAUACCCAUAUGUCAUGAAAUCUUGUCCUAUGCCUGGUGGUACGCCUGUAUGGCAUGCUAAUUUGGAAGGCCAGGAAUUGUCCAACUUGUAUGGAUUUAUUGAGGCUUAUGUAGUGUGUCCUAGUACCAUUAAAAGACCAUUCUUACCAUAUAGGGAUCAUAAUGAUACUUUACUGUUCCCAACUGGUAAAUUCGUAGGCGCGUAUUUCAGCGAAGAAUUGAUUUAUGCACGCGACUUAGGUUACAAGAUCUUCCCAAUAAGGGGCUACUUGUUUGAUAAGAAGCCUAGGCCUUUCGGCAGCUUUGUGACAUCCAUCUUCGAGAGAAGGUAA